AUGAAGCGCCAUGGUUAUGAGACCGACUACUCUGCCUCAUCGCCUAAAUCUGCUCUUGAGCUAGAGGGGCUGAAGUGUUCAACAUGCCUUUCCCAUUUCAGCAACAAAUCCUCAUUGCAUACUCACCGAAAACAGUGUGGCAAGAUAAAGACUGUCAGUAAAAGCUACAAGGAGGAUGUUGCCCAACAUGACACAGUUCCUAAGGCGAAGAAGCUCAAAUGUCCCUCCUGCCCUUCUCUUUUCAACAAUUUACUGUCAUUGCAGUAUCAUCGAAAAGAAUGUGGCAAGCCGAUGGCAAUUGGAGGCUUGGAUGCCAAAGUGAAAGGAGGUUUAGAGAAGGUGACAAAGUGCAUUGUCAAAGACCUUGUGGAAACAACUCGGUCAAACAACUCUGGCACUGAGAAAAUGACUAAAUCUGUUACUGAGAAGGACCGCGGUGAACAAAAGGAGACCAGUGAGUCCCAAACCUUGAAAGAUGCCACAAUCAACACAACUGAUUUGAAAUACAAAUGUAAAGAGUGUGAGAGAAGCUUUGCUGUUGUAGGAGCACUGAAUUUCCAUAAAAGGAUACAUGUUCUGGGUCACAAGUCUAAAGUAAAACCAAAGCUGAAAUUUAAAGUGGCCGCAAACCCUGAAGAACCUAAGCAACCCAAAAAGGUAGAGCAAACAACUAAAGGCCAAUUCUGUUGUCCAGAAUGCGGAAGACGUUUUCUCUCCAAUGCAGCCCUUGGCACUCACAGACGAUGGCACACAGAUAAAAAGUUUGCUGGGUCACUGAUAAAAGAUGACAAUACAAAUUCUAUUGGGCACAAGUCAGUGGAUGAGGGACCUUUUCAGUGCAAGAAGUGUGGUAAGGGCUUCUUUUACCUGUGUGUUCUCCGCCGGCACCAGUUGUAUUACCCGCCAUGUCAGACCAAAGCCGAACCAGAGCCUGCAGCGGACACCAGCAUGGAAGGCAACCGCAAACCCUCACACACUGAAUUUGCAUGUCCAGAAUGUAACACAACUUUCGUCAAGGGCUCACUUUUAGCAGCUCACCAUGAAAGUGAGCAUAACAAACCCAUUGAGUCUGCAGAUCUUCAGGGGGACCAGUCCAUGACCGUAUCCAUUGAAGAGGUCCCGGAGCAGCCUGUCACGUCACACAGCAAGUCUGAAGUCAUUCCAUUAAAGAAGCCAAAGCUUAAAUCAAAUUUUCACCAGUGUCCUCAUUGUGAUAUGAGCUUCUUGAAGGUUCGAGGCUUGCGUGCCCACAAAUGGCAGGCCCACUCCCAGGGCAAGAAGGUUAAGAGCAAGGGCACUUUGGCUGAGAGCAGGGACUCUGUUGCCAUUAACACCUUGGCUACCAAGGAAAAUGAACUGGUUAAUGAGAGUUACAGAAAGGACUUAGUUACAGAAAACAAAGGCACUGUUCUCAAAACCGAACACUAUGUUACAAAGAGUAAGAAUGCUGUGGGCAGAAGGAAGAAAAGUCGACCGGGUUUCAAAUCCAUCCCUUGCGUUGACUGUGGGAAGAGAUACAGUUCUUCUGGGGCACUCUAUAAUCACAAGAAGAUCUGUGGAGUGCUCAAACAGGAAGUUAAUCCAGGAAUGGCAGAAGUAGUGGAAGAGGAACCCUCACCACCAACCCGCCUCUAUGAGCAGACAAUCAAAUACCUCUUCAAGUGUGACAAGUGUGGCAAAGCUUUCCCAACUGAAGAGCAACUAGGAACCCACAAGGACUUGGCAAAGAGCCGACCUCACUCUUGCGCCCUGUGCUGCCGUGGAUAUUGGACUGAGACUCAGUUGCAACAGCACCUGGUCUGGCACGACGAGGUCCGCCGACGACUACCAACAGAGCUUCGUUACAGACUCGGUGCUUCUGUAAGCGCAGGGCCCGCCAAACUCAACGUCCUCUGCCUGAUUUGA